AUGUAUAUUGUGAUUUCUGGAUAUCUAAAUAAAAAUCUUUUCAGGUAUGCAGUUUAUGGACCAGAAGUCUUCUGAAUAGUUCCUUAUGAUUUUCAAGCUAACAGACACAAAAUUCUUAUAAGUGCAGAUAGACUGUAUUUAAUUGAAUGUGGCGGAUCAAUCUAUGAAAGCGAUAUGUCAAAUUGGAAGCUCAAUAGUAAAUGAGAGAUUUGAUCAAGUUUAUUUGUCAUAUAA